CCUCGCGCACGCUCCGCGCGGCCGCCUCCGCGCCCCGCCGCCGGCCCUGGGCGCCCGUUCCCGGCCCUCGCCAGUCCUUCCGGCCGCCGCCGCCGCCCCUGCAGCAGCCGGUCCGCCGCGGUCACCAUGCCCAGCAAGACCAAGUACAACCUCGUGGACGACGGGCACGACCUGCGGAUCCCCUUGCACAACGAGGACGCCUUCCAGCACGGCAUCUGCUUCGAGGCCAAGUACGUAGGAAGCUUGGACGUGCCGAGGCCCAACAGCAGAGUGGAGAUCGUGGCUGCCAUGCGCCGGAUACGGUAUGAGUUUAAAGCCAAGAACAUCAAGAAGAAGAAAGUGAGCAUCAUGGUGUCAGUUGAUGGAGUGAAGGUGAUUCUGAAGAAAAAGAAAAAGAAAAAGGAGUGGACCUGGGAUGAGAGCAAGAUGCUGGUGAUGCAAGACCCUAUCUACAGGAUCUUCUACGUCUCUCACGAUUCCCAAGACUUGAAGAUCUUCAGCUAUAUCGCUCGAGAUGGUGCCAGCAAUGUCUUCAGGUGUAACGUCUUUAAAUCCAAGAAGAAGAGCCAAGCUAUGCGCAUCGUCCGGACCGUGGGGCAGGCCUUUGAGGUCUGCCACAAGCUGAGCCUGCAGCACACCCAGCAGAAUGCAGAUGGCCAGGAGGACGGGGACAGCGAGAGGGGCAGCAGUAGCUCAGGGGACCCAGGCCGCCAGCUCGCUGGAGCCGACAGGGCCUCCACGGCCACCGCGGAGGAGACCGACAUCGAUGCAGUAGAGGCCCCGCCCCCAGGGAGCGACCUCCUGGAAUUCAGCCGAGGCGUGACCGACCUGGACGCUGUGGGGAAGGAGGGAGGCUCCCGCACUGACGCCAAGGCCCCGCCGCACCCCCAGGAGCCCGUGCUGGCCGCCUCGCCCAGGAUGCUCCUUCCCGCAGCCUGCUCGAAGCCCACGGGCGCGGGGACACCGCUGUCCACCCACCACCAGAUGCAGCUCCUCCAGCAGCUCCUCCAGCAGCAGACGCAGCAGACGCAAGUGGCCGUGGCCCAGGUUCACUUGCUGAAGGACCAGCUGGCUGCCGAGGCUGCGGCACGGCUGGAGGCCCAGGCUCGCGUGCACCAGCUCUUGCUGCAGAAUAAGGACAUGCUGCAGCACAUCUCCCUGCUGGUCAGGCAGGUGCAGGAGCUGGAGCUGAAGCUCUCGGGCCAGAACGCUAUGGGCUCCCAGGACAGCUUGCUGGAGAUCACCUUCCGCUCCGGAGCGCUGCCCGUGCUCUGCGACCCCGCGACCCCCAGGCCGGAGGACCUGCCCUCGCCGCCCCUGGCCCCGCCAGCGGGCAGCCCCCUAGGUAGGCGCGAGCGCCUGGUGCGGCUGGAGUGCUUCCGCUUCCUCCCGCCCGGGGACACCCCGCCGCCGGCCCCGGGCGCCCCGCUGCUGGGCGGCCUGGAGCUGCUCAAGUUCCGGGAGUCCGGCAUCGCCUCGGAGUACGAGUCCAACACGGACGAGAGCGAGGAGCGCGACUCGUGGUCGCAGGAGGAGCUGCCGCGCCUGCUGAACGUCCUGCCGCGGCAAGAGCCGGGCGACAGCCUGGACGACGAGAUCGCCGUGUAGGGCCCGGGGCCCGGGGCGCAGGCGCGGGGCCGGCCGCAGGGUCGGCGGCUCCCGGGAGCAUCGGGGUCUUGCUCGGAGGGAGAAGCGGGGGGAGUCGGGUUCCCGGGGGGCCGCAGCGGCGGGAAGGGCCGGGCCCUCCGGAGCCGCGCCCGGGGUGCCGCCCAGAGGCCCCCGCCCUCCCCGUCUCCGUGGUCCCGGCCCCGAGGGGGGCCGGCGGUACCUUCCCAGGGACUUGGAGGUUGCAUCCCAGGAUGCUGACCGCCCUGGGAGACCCUCCGCCUCCCGGCCCUUGCGGAGAUGCUUGGCCUCGGAUGGCCAGGGCAGCCUUGCCAGUGUGAGCGUGGGAUGGGAUGUGUGCCUCGCGUUGGGCACCCCUUCCGGAUCCCCGCAGCGGGUGCUGGCUGCUGCUUCAGAAGAGACUAGGAGUCAGGACGGCGUGCAGGCCCUUGCGGGGAAUGCCCGCGGGGAGGACAGCCUCUGCUGCCACCCGUCCUUAGGACCGACUGCUGCCCGCCAGCCCAGCCCGUCCACACGGAGGCGGGGAAGUGGCCCCCUUACGUCCUUGUGUCCUGCCUCAGGGGCUGGGCCAGCUGAAGCUUCUCUAACACUCGCCUCUAUGAAAGCCUCAGAGACCUAAAGCCCCCGAGCCCCCAGCCUUACCUCUCAACCUGUCCCUCCCCUGGGCAGUGGCCAGCUUUUACUGCAAGAGGGAAAAAGCAAGCAAACACAGGCUAGGAGCUGAGACUGCUUAUGUCCGUGCCACAGCCACUGUCCCCUUUGCCCCGUCUGUGGGUGCAGGCCUCGAUCUCACCUGUCACUGUGCCACGUGUCAGUCCCUUUUACCAUCCAGGCGCUGCCUAGAGUCAGUCCCCCGGCACAGUAGGCUGACGGUUACAAGGACAAGUUCCUUUCACUCCCGUAAGGCCAGAAGCGGCUGUUAACAUUUAAAGAUGCUGAAGACAGAGCUGAGAUACCCUGGCAUUGUGUGUUGGGGAAAUAAGUCUUCAUCCUGGACCACAAGCUACAGGCCCAGACUGCAGUGUGAUUUCAGGGCCAGCUGGUAAGGAUGGGGUUGCUCCAAAGUGGAGUCCUUCAACCCUGACUACGCUUUACAAUUUAUGCAGAUGGAAGUGCAGCCCUUUCCUUAUACAUUUGGGUUUCUUCGAGACAAGAAAGUCCACAUGAGGGGAAAUCAAUGCAGCUUUAUGUUAGCCUGCCUUGGUGCACUAGGGUGUCAGUGGAUGGAUGUGUGUGUGUGUGAGAGAGAGAGAGAGAGAGAGAAGGUGCAUACGUUAUGUCUGACUUGUGAGAGGGAAGGAAAUCGGGAUCUUUAUGGAGUGUUUGGGUCAACAACAGAUUUGUGUUCUUUUCCUAAUGUGCAUUUAGUUGCAGACGGGUGGUUCUGUUGAUUGUGAUAUAUUUUCUAAUUAACCACUGGGAGUGGAUCCAGAUACACAGGGGAGGGAAGAACCGGGAAAGUGAGAAACUGAAGGAGUGGUAUCAGGGUCCAGUUUUUGGCUGAGCCUCACUGGCUUACAAAAUCCUGACCCGGGUCCCUUGGGUGGCAUCAGUCAUUCCUCUCAGGUCAUUAGGCUUUUGGGUGUCCAGAGGAGAGAAGGGCCGGCUUCUCCAGGCCCACUGCCUGCAAACAGGAGCUGAGGAUCCUGCCGGAGGCCAGUGGAUUAGGUGCAUGGAGUGUGGUAGGAGAGGCUUGUGUGGGGUGCAGUGAGGAGUUGGGGGAGGGCGGGUGGAAUAGUCCCUAAAAGGUCUUUAAAAAGCUUGCAGAGGGCAAGGGGGAGGAAAUGAAGGUUAAGGAGUUGCAGCCUAGUCAUCUGUACUGCCGACGUGGGACCCAGUCGAGGCCCUUGCCGUUGAGUGCUCUGUGGUGGUUUCCCCUGCCUCCGCCCAUCCUUUGGGCCACACCUUUUGGGGUGUUCACGCCCCCACCCCCCCCGGAGCACUGGUUCGUGUAUCUGGCAUCUCCCCAGUGUGACCCAAAGCAGCACACGCUGGCUGUGUGGAGAUGGGAGGCCAAGGACAGAUCUAGGGGCCUGAGAGGGUCCCCAGCCACUGGGCAGGAAAGACCUGAUUUCCCGGCGAUGUCACCCUGUCCUUUCCCGCCUUGCUUCUUGCUUCGCUAGCUCUGCUGUCCUCUUCUUCUUCCUUGUACUCUGCCCUGUACGGAGGACACAGGGACACCAGGGGCACCUACCAGGGUGGCAGCUGCCCCAGGUGGCAGCAAACUUUGGGCAGUGAGGCCGGCACAGGUGUGGAGCCAGGAGGGCGCUUCUCUGCGCAGGACAGACUGCCUGGUGAGGUGACAAAGACUCUCCUGCCCCUGCCCCUGUCCCUGCUCUCUGCAAGGCCCCAUGGCCUCCCCUCUCGCAGCUGCUUCUGUUUAGUUGUGUCCCUUUGAUUGACUCUUUGCCUGACUGUGUCCUCCUGACCCUCUACUUCUUCCUGAAACUAUUUUGUGUCAUUAACUCUGUUGGAUCAACUCUGGGCAAAGAUUCUGUUCAUGUAAGUGCACUUACUCCAUGGAUGUCGUCACUAGUCUGAUGGCUUUUUGCUAAAUAAACCUUUCUUAUUUCUAAAAGCUUUUCCAUUGUCUCUUCUUGCUGCUUCUGGUCCCCCCACUCCUUCCUUCUCACUUCCACCCCCUACGUCCCCAGCCAGGUGGGAUCAGCUCUGGGCCACGCAGUUCUCAGGGGUGAGGGGUUUAGAAAGAAUUUUCAUAUUUCCCCGGAGAGUCGGCGAAGGGGGUGCUGUCAGUGGCUGCUGAUAUAGACCAGUCUUGCAAGAUCAGGCUAUGCUGUGGUUCUUAUCUGGGGACAGUCUGCUUCCCCAGGGGAUGUUUGGCAACAUCUGGAGAUGUUUUUGGUUGUCCCAACUCGGGGAGGGAUGCGAUUGGCAGGUAGUGGGUGGAGGUCAGGGAGGUUAGCUGCCCGCAGUAGGGACUUAGCCAGCACAAAUGUUGGUAGCGCUGAGGAUGAGAAUCCCUAGUCUGAACCCAUUUUUUGAGACUCCACGUCUUUUCAAGCUCCAAACAUUAUUGGAAUACAAGGCAAUAAAAGUGAUUUUGAGUGCUGGAGAAAGUCCGACAUCAUAGAUACAGAUAUUUGCAGAUAUAACUAAGAUCCUCCAGAUGGUAACAUUUCACUGAUUCCCUGACUGUCUGAAAUACGUAGUUGGUAGGAUUGUGAAUGGGCCCCAUUCCAGAAAUGUUGCCCUGUAGGUAAAACAGGCUCCUCCCACCCCUGCCUGGAAGGGUCGUGGUGCCACUGCAACGCAGCACAGCAGAGAAGUCUUGGCUCACUGGGGUGUGGGCGUUCCCGACAGGAGGAAUUAACAGGGCGGGAUGCUGGUCAAGGAGAGGGUGUUGGCGGAACAGGCGUUGCAGGAUCUCGCAAAACCCACACGGCGGAACCCAGAUUACUUUGGCCAGAACUUUUAGCAGUUUUGAGGCAGAGGGUUUGUGAAGCCUGAUACUUUGGCCCAGGUCUGAGGGGAAGUUGGGAGGGUCAGAUUAACCCAGUUCACAUGCCCUCUGCCCUUUUCUGGCUGGGUAAACUGAGCCUCAUUUUCUUAUCUGUAAAAUGGAUGAAAUGCACCAGAUAAAGCCGUAAUGAAGAGCAUAUGAGGUCGCCUUUUGCGAGUGCCCAGCAGAGUGCCUGGCAGAGGCCCUGGGCACAGCACAGCUCGCCUUCCAGUUGACGGGAGUAGGUGGUCAUGCUUGUGCUGGGUGCGUUUCCAGCUGCUAUGAGACGCUCAGAACUCUGUAGAAGUUUCUGGGGUCAUAAUGAUGCUUCAUUAAAUGUGAAGGGUGGAAGCACCUUGUCCUCAGGGAGAAAACACUAAGCACCUGCUAGGCAUCCCUAGGCAUGUGCUGUGACCCUUGGGCUCAGUGCCGGCCGUUGGGGGGCUCUUCCCCCUCUCUAGUGUGUGCUGUGCUAUGAUAUCGGAUACCCUGGGGAAGAAGCCUAGACAGAGUGUUUGAGACCAGAGGAGGCAGUUCCUCUCCUGGUUCUCGCAUGGACCACGGUGAGCAGCUUCACUGUGCCCCACCCUUUGUGCUCCCCUCCAUGGGCUCCCCCAAGAGCCCCAUCAGGGGGGCUCCAGUGCCUGGUGACAUGGGUAAGAAGUCUGCCAGGACUCAGGUGGCUUUUAUGGAACUAAAUAUAUGCCCAGAGUCAUUCGUCUGCUUCCUGAAUGAACCAGGUCCAGGGAGGGGUAUCAGGGCGGCCUAGAGACCACCCCACCCCAGAGGUGACAGGGCGGGACCCUGCCUGUCCUGGCCCAGCUGGAGCUUGCAGUCAAGUAGAUUCUUGGACUCUGGGCAGGUGGGGGGUGUGGAAAGAGCUGGGUGAGGAGCAGGGGAUGGGCUGCAGGGCAGGGAGUGGCUCGGUGGCAUGGGACAUGAAGGGCUUUGAGCCCCGCCCCUCUCACAGAAGACCCCGAUGGUCUUUUAGCAGGACAGUGAUAAGCAGAAGCUGCUCUAAACCAUGGGUUGGCUUUGGAAAGACUGGCCGUCUGACCUCUGGAAGGGAAUGGGGAGCUCCUCCACCCCAGCCUGGUGGCCAGCAGUAGGGGGCAGAGACCAAGGAAGGGUCCAGGGUCCCUGAAGGGAAAAGCCCACUGCGGUGAGAGGGCCCGCUGAGUUACUGGGCAGAUGAGCGAUAAAUAAGGCCAUCAAGCACCCACGUCUUCUUCCUUUUUCAGAAACCACAUGAUGGGCAAAGCCCAUGUCCUGCAUCCCUGGUGCUCGCCCAGUUUUCUGGGUCAGAGUUGGCAGUGAGGCCUGCUCAGAAAUGUAAGGGUCAGGGCUGUCUGGUGGCACACGACUUGUAAUAGGAAACUGUUUUGUUGCCCAAUUUGACAUGACUCAAUGCAGCCAUGUAAAGUUGCCCCCCCGGGUCAAAAAUGAUUCUGUUCUGCUUCAGCAAGAGAUGCCCCUUCUGAGUGAAGGAUUGAGGUGGAGGUGGGGUGAGGUGGGGUGGGCCCAGGUGGGCCCAGCCCUGUUUGCCUCUUUACUGCCUUACAGGAGCAGGCCGUUCUCCCCAUUCCCCCCUCAGAAGAUCUAACAUCCAGGCAGCUUUUAGACUGCAGAGAUUCUGCCAACAGGAAAGUGCAUUCAGCCCUCCUCUCCUGGUCUGAGCCCCCGCCCUGGGAUCGGGCAGGGACUAGUCACAUCCCCCGGGUGUGAGCCCCUAUUGUGGGGUUAGGCAGGGACUGGUCACAUCCCCCGGGUGUGAGCCCCCGCCGCGGUGUGGGGCAGGGACUGGUCACAUCCCCCGGGUGUGAGCCCCCGCCGCAGUGUGGGGCAGGGACAGGUCACAUCCCUCCGGUGUGAGCCCCCGCCGCGGUGUGGGGCAAGGACUGGUCACAUCCCCUGGGUGUGAGCCCCCGUGUCACCCAGGGACCCAACAGGAAGGCCAGGGCUCCGGGCAGUGACUCUCAUACUUGAGUUGCAUCAGAAUCACCUGAAGGCCCGGUUCCCUCACAGAUGCUGAGCCCCCAGAGUGAGUAGGUCUGAUGGAGAUUCUAACACAUU